GUCUUUGAAACCGAGGCGCCAGCUGCAGGAAGAUGGCGGCUCGGCCGCGGAGGCAUCGCUCGCGAGCUGCAAAGCAGCCGCGGGGUGACUUUUGUGAUGGCGCUAAGAAGGCGAUUGAUGAACCUUCUCUUACGACUUCCAUGGAGUGGGACACGCAGGUGGUGAAAGGGUCUUCGCCACUCGGCCCCGCCGGGCUGGGGCUGGAGGAGCCGUCACCCGGCCCGCGGCUGCCAUGGUGGCUGCAGCCCGAGAGGUGCGCUGUGUUCCAGUGUGCGCAGUGCCACGCCGUGCUCGCUGACUCUGUGCACCUCGCCUGGGACCUGUCGCGGUCCCUUGGAGCCGUGGUCUUCUCCAGAGUCACAAAUAAUGUAGUUUUGGAGGCUCCCUUCCUAGUUGGCAUUGAAGGUUCGCUCAAAGGCAGCACUUACAACCUUUUAUUCUGUAGUUCCUGUGAGAUUCCCAUUGGUUUCCAUCUGUAUUCUACUCAUGCUGCCCUGGCUGCCUUGAGAGGUCACUUCUGCCUUUCCGCUGACAAAAUGGUGUGCUACCUCUUAAAAACAAAAGCCAUAGUAAACGCAUCUGAGAUGGAUAUUCACAACGUACCUCUACCAGAAAAGGUUGCAGAGCUGAAAGAGAAGAUAAUGUUAACGCAUACUCGCUUAAAUUCACUCAUGAAGAUUCUGAAGGAAGUGACUCCUGACCAGUCCAAGCCAACAAACUGAUCCAGAAAUCAAAGCUUGAGAAUCAUGUUCAGGCCUUAUUGCUGUCUUCAACAACAGGUGCUGUUUGAUCACUUCUCAAGAAAGAUCAGUUUCAAGGAUGGAUGGGAAAUGUGGUUUAUUCUGUUUACCUCUAGACUGAUUUUCCAAGUGAUUUGUGAAGCUGUUUCUGGAAGAUGAGAAACUAAGGAGACUUCUAUCCAGGUUUCAUAGCUAUUUGUCUUAAGAAUUUAUUUUAGCUUCUUAUCAAUUUCAUAGUAUUUAUUUCGGAAAACAUUUUGACUGCAAAUUUAGGGAUUAAGAGGCAAUGUCCCAUGAGUGCUCUGAUCUAAAGAUGCAUGUUUGGCCUGAAAAUAGCAUUGUACUUAUGUUGACUAUUAUUCCUACAUGGAGCAACUGUCAUAUGAAUACUGAGAAAUCAUUUUUUUCUUAUGUGAAAUACGGGUACAUACAUUUUCUGUAGCUUAUGUUCAGUAAGUUAACUGCAUAGUAUAUAUUUAUCUUUUCCCUUUUCAGUUGUAAACUGAGCUUAACAGGAUAAUAAUGAAAGGAAUGGUAAAAACAUCAAACAUUUACCGAAAUGCUGCUUUCUUAUAUUUUGCUUUAUGUAGCACUGUGGCUCAGUAGCUCAUCAUAUUAUUCAUUUAAUAAAUAUUUAUGAAGUAUUAUGCUAGCUGCUGGGGAUGAAAGAUAAGCGAAAACAGCUACUCUGUAUCCUCAGUUUAUAAUCUAGUCAAGAGAUGGACACUCAAAUAACCACAUGAAGACAUUUAAAAUUACAACUGUAGUAAGGGUUCUGAAGAAAAGGGACAUAGAGAUAUAAGCACAUAUAGCAAGUAACUGACCUGGUUUGGGGGUCAGGUAAGGCCUGUCUGUGGAAGUAAUGUUUCAGCAGUGGUCUGAAAGAUGAGUAGGCGUUUAGUAAGCUGACAGAGCAGUCUAUACAAAGGCCCUGUGAGGCCCUUAAAAAGGCCUGUAGGAGUUACCACGGUGUCCAGAAACCAGAGGAUGCAAGGCCUUGUCGGCCUUCCGAAGGAUGUUUGUUUUUAUCCCAACAACCUUGAAGACUUUUAAAGGAGGCCUAUGACAGGAUCAAAUUUUCGUUUUCAGAACCUCAUUAGGGUUGUCCUAUGGAGAAUGGGUGGGAGGGCGGCAAGCAGACCACUUAGGAGGGGCUGGCACUAGCACAAUCAAGAGAUGAUAGCCAAGUGGUGGUGCACAGAGAAGUUAAUGUGGUUCCAAUGUGGCUAGCAGAUUUUUUUUUUUGCUGCGCUGCGCAGCAUGUGGGAUCUUAGUUCCCUGACCAGGGAUCGAACCCGCACCCCCUAUAUUGUAAGCGCAGUCUUAACCACUGGACCACCAGGGGAGUCCCCAGUGGCUAGCAGAUUUAAUAGCAGAUUCUUUCCAUUUUAGACUGCAUAUAGGAUAUUUUCCUUUAAAACUAUUUGAGAGAGAAAAUUCUGGCUCGCUUUAUGCUUUUGAGUUGCAAAAUUUGGUUAGGUAAGGGUGAAGCCUCUGGCAACAACCAGUACCAGAAAAGCUCUUUCUACUCCUAAAGAAUAAGACCUAAUCAUAAUACUAUAUUGAAUCAUCCUGGGAUUUUUAUUGUGUAUUGGUAUGUCUGCCUCAACGUAUUUCCUUUCUUUAAAAAGCUGUUCUUACGUAGCUAUUUUCCUUAACCUCUGGAUUUGCUGUUUUGGUAGACUUUCAAUAGAAAAUUAAAUGCUUGAACUUGACAUCAAAUUAAGCUGGCUGGUUUUAAAUAUUUUUUUUUCUCUCAAAUACAAAUUACAUGUUUACUCUAGAAAAAAAUUCAGAUAUAGAUGUGUGACAAAGGAAAGGGUAAAAGUACACUUCUUCUUACAUUUCUGAGAGGCACAAUGUAGCAUGCUGGGAGCCAAAUGAUUUAGAUUCAGAUUGUGGCUUGGUUACUUAUUAGCCAUGAACUUGAAGAAUUAAACUCUUCUUGUAAAAUAGGGAUUAAAAACUAACUAGGGCUCUAGUGAGGAUUAAAUGAGUUAAUGAAUACAUCUAAUGUAAUUAAGAGUAAUGCUUAAUAUUAAGUGCUUAAUAAAUGCCAGCUAUUAUAACCUUCAUGCGUGUGGACACAUAGACAUAAAAGGCAAUUAUAUUUUUCACAUUAUUCUGCAACCUGCUUCUCAAAUAAUACAUGUCACAGACAGCUUUCUAUACCAGGCCUCACAAAUUACUUAACACCUGCAUAUGAUUCAAUCAUGAAUACAUCAGAAUUUAACCAUUGUUUUAUUGGAUCCUUGUCAUGUCUUUGCGUAUCUGUCCUGGUAUUUCUGUAGGAGUGAUUCCUAAAGUGGAACAGAGUCAAAGGGCAUGUGCAUUUACAAUUUUGAUAUUAUGCCUUCCAUAAACUUUGUACCAAUUGUACUAAUACUAAUGGUUGACUUUUUUAAACAAGGCCUUAGUGGUAUAAAAGCUCCUCUGGAAGUCUAUAACAUCAAUAAUGACUGGCUGGUAUUAACAGAUUCUAAGGCUAGUUAUCAUUUAUCAUUGUAUAUAUGUUGAAUAAAAGUGUUUUCAAAAUUCCAUGUAUUUAUGAGAACAAAAAAAUUGCAUAUUGAAAGUCCCCAAGUUGUACACUUUUGAGCUCCUUAAUUAAUGGCAGAAACCAUCUCAAUUUUUAUAACUCCAGCAUCUAGCACAGUACCUGGGAGUGGAGUACAUCAGUGCGUGUUAAAUGAAUAGUCUCAUAAAUCAAAGGAAGGAGCUAUUACAUUAGUUGUCACAUCACAAAAACCACAUAGCUUU